GUGCACCUUCUGUGUGUGUGUUUAGAUGCCUAUGUGUGUGCAGGGCGGGGGUCAGGCCUCCAUUUUUACCAGGAGGUCUGCAGCAGCUGUCCACUGGCAUGCAAGAGGGAGCGCCACAGUGGUGAUACAGGGGUUCAGAAGCGAACCGAGGCAGCUCCGUGCAGUUUGAUCCAGGAAGAUUUACUCUCACCUUUUUCAGCCCGUCAAGAACCUGCUGCCCUAUCAUGGCGGAUCAGUACCAGUACAACACCAACGAGGAGAAGAUUGUGAAGGACAGCCACACCAAAGAGAUUGAUUUAAUUAACAGAGAUCCCAAGCAGAUCAAUGAGGACGUGGUGAAGGUGGACUUUGAGGAUAUCAUUGCAGAGCCUGAUGGUACACACAGUCUGGAUGGGGUGUGGAAGCUCAGCUACACCAGCUUUACUGUGUCCAAGUACUGGUGCUACCGCAUCUUGUCUGCUGUCUUCGGUAUCCCUGUCGCUCUGCUGUGGGGCUUCCUGUUCGCGUGCAUUUCCUUCUGCCAUAUCUGGGCCGUGGUUCCCUGCAUCAAGAGCUGUCUGAUUGAGUCGCAGUGCAUCAGCCGCAUCUACUCUCUGUGCAUCCAGACCUUCUGUGAUCCCUUCUUUGAAGCCCUGGGCAAGAUCUUCAGCAGUGUGCGUGUUGCACUGCGCAAAGAAGUCUAAGAACUCACAGAGUAGUGUUUAUAGUACGAUCGGAUGAAGUGUGGUACAUUUUUAUACACCAGAAGAUCAGUCCUUGCAUCAUGCUUACUCCCUGAAACUCCUCCUCCUUCCUUCAUAACAUGCUGUUCCCCGCCCACCCAUCCUCAAGCUCUCAGCACUGAGUCCUGACAUGCCCAGUGUGCCACCAGAAGCUCAGUGACAGCUGCUGCAGGCAGCGUGGUUCUGUGACAGCGCUGGCACUCCUGGAGGGCUCAGUGCUCCUCACUGAGGGAGAAGAGGGAUCCAUGAGGAGGAUGGAUCUGCCCUCGUUUAUUUGUAUCACAGAAGCUACUCAUUCACAACAAAUUAAAUGACCUAUCCCAUAAUUGCUGCACCUGUGGAUAAUGCUGCCUGUAUGCAUUACAUUUGGCCAUUUUUAAAAGUAAUAGUGAUGCUGUAUAUUGCUGUGUCUGGUAUUGUUUAUCUUUAUACGGUUUUAAUUGGAUUUGACAGUGACGUAUGUUACCUUAUUUUAAAAGCUCUAACAAAAAGAAUUGAAUGGAACGUUUUUUCUCUACAUAAUUAUUUGGUAAUUAGUGAUGACUCCAUGGUAACUAAUUAUUCUUAAUUAACUAAUUAGUAUUUUUCUGAAAUGCAGAUGCAAGGAAUAUAUUUGUAAACAGCCAUGCAGAUAAUCUACUUCCUUUUAGCGUGAGAUGAGUGGAACCUUAUCUCAGUUUGAAAUCUACUUACUAUUGCACUUUUCAAGCAAGCAAGUAUGUGUAAUCAAGUAUGGACCUGCCUUCUAAUGGAGUAAAGUAAAAACCUCUGUAUGAGACCCGUUGUAACGUUCCACCGUGUUAUUCUUAUUAUUUAUUACUUACUUAUACUUAUUAUUUAUAACAUAUUAUAGUAAAAAAAUGUUAUUACAUAUACAGUACAUAUGGUGAAACUAAUUUAAAGACACUUGAUGAAUCUUUAUAAUAAGUACAUUGCACCACUGGUAAAGUAUGUUCUGUGUGUUAUUUUAAUUCAUUCAGAGAGGCUUAAGAAAUACAUUUUUGGGUUUACCAAACACUUCACUGUCUUUUAGUGAUAUCUGUUUUGCCAACUACAGUGGAAGCAGUGACCCAGGAGCUUUGACCCACAAGAGGUAGCUGUUGCGUGUCUUUCAUGUUCUUCUCUUUUAUGUCUGAGAUUCAUAGUUGAUGAUUUCAGUGUCACCCCACCCCUCUUUGUUCUUGACCUCAGUGUGUUUCUUUCUGGCUAACUCAUUCUAGUCUUCUAUUGUGCUGUUUAUACAAGCAGAAACAGCACACUGUGUUCACAUUAUUUUUCUGAUUAAUGAACUGUAUUAAGCAGUGUAAUUAAGGAGCAAAUUUGCCAAAACCUAUAAAGAGACAUUACAGAU